AAAGACAAAGUUGUUGAUGGAGCUGGAUUCGUAAAAGACAAAGCUGGCGAAGCAUAUGAUACUGUUGCACCUAAAGUUGCUGAAGGUGCCGAAUAUUUAAAAGAUAAAGCUGGUGAAGCUUAUGAUGCUGUCAAACCAAAAGUUGUCGAAGGUACAGAAUAUUUAAAAGAAAAGGCUGAUGAAGCUUAUAAAACUGGAAGUAAACUCGCCGAUGAAUAUGGUGAAAUUGCCAAAGAUAAAUUAUCUAAAAUUGCUGAUGAUGUCAAAGCUUCAGCUCAAAAUUUUGCUGAUGAUGCAGUUAAAGCUAGUCAAGAAUAUGCAAACGAAGGUGUAAAACAAGGUCAAAAAUUAGGUGAACAAGCUUUCGAAGUUGGUAAAGAUAAAGCUAAUGAAGCACUUAAAGCUGCUAAACAAGCCAGCAUCGAUGCAUAUGAAGCUUCACUUGAAUUAGGUGCUGAUGCUGGUAAAAAAGGUCGAAAAUUAGCUGAACAAACACUUGAAUUGAGUCGAGAUAAAGCUAAUGAAGCAUUGAAAGCAGGUAGACAUGCUGGUGAAGAUGCAGUUGAAUCAGCGCAAGAAUAUGUCAAAGAUUCGAAAAAGAAAGCACAGAAAAAAGCAAGAGAAACUACUGAAGAAGCAAGUGAAGCAGCACAAAAACGUAAACGAAAAGCUACAGAAUUCUAUGCUACUCGAACAAUGUUAUUCAACUGUGAUUUUAACGCAGAAACUUCGCUCAGCUGCUCAUUUAUUCCAUCAACAGGUCCAAAUCUAUUGACUUUGCCUGCUGACGCACCUGAUUUAACAUCAUGUCGAAAACCUAAUCGACCAUUAUCAGAUGCUACAUCUGUUAUUACUCCAAUAAAUGGUCAUAUGUGCAACUUACCUUAUAAAAUUAAUAAAUGGGAUAUGCAUUUUUGUUUAAGACAAAACACAACAAACAUUUACACAUGUCCUACAUCUAUAUCAAAUAUGAGUGUGUGUGCAUCAGGUAAGAUUCUACCGAAAUUUUCUCUUAUGAACAUUUAUUCUGACAAUACAGGUAAAUAUGGAUUCGCUUCUACUAAUACUACAAAUAGAUUUGAGCGAACUUACACAUCAUUUGUGAGAAAUAGCACAGUAGAUGAACAAUGUCUGACUUUUUAUUAUUAUUUUACUGAUGCAUCAAGAAAUCCAAAGAUUGAUGUUCUAUUCGGAUCACCAUUUGGAAGUAGUCUGGAUGAUACUAUCAUUGUUACAGUAAUACCUCAAACAGACAAUAAAUGGUAUAAAAGUGAAACUUCAUUUUCCAUAAAUUUUACAAAUUAUACAGUAAUUGUUGUUCUUAUUGUUUAA